CAUUUUCUGAAUUUGAUUCUGCUCAUGUAUCCAUUGUGUAAUGCAAAACCCCCCAUUCUUUUAUUUCCAACGAAGUGACAAAUUCAAAUUGAGUCCUUUCGCUGCCCAUCCACUGUUGUUUUGUUGUGUUUCCAGCCAUGUCCAGCAGCAGAUACCCGAUAGUGGUGCAGGGGGAAGCGUCUGAAACGGACUCCGAUGAUGAAGUCUACAUCACUUCUCUAACUUCUCACCAAACUACCGCAGGAGGAGCCAAGGUUCCUGGGGAAGCCUCGGAGACGGACAGUGAAGAUGAUGCGCAGCAGGCGGUCAGAUCCUCUUUAAUGGCUCAGGAGAGUGCUCAGAUACUCAAGAGAGAGCUGCCCCCUCUUAUUGUGGUCAGAGACAACCCCGAUGUGCAGUCCAUAGUAGAAGACAGGCCGAGCCCUUCACACAAGCCUUAUGCAGGAGAUACCCUUCUACAGCAGAAGCUGCUGGAGUCCAACAGCCGGCUGUAUACCGAUGUGGGGCAGAGGGUCCGACAGGUUUACGGCAGUGCCAGUAAGGAGGUCCACAGUGUGACAUCUCAGCUGAAUACAUCCCAGAGUGCCAUCAUCAAUGCUUCCCACAGUAUCAGAUUAAUUCUGGACGAUCUGAAGGCCGUUUCCGAGAAGAUCGACAUUAUCACCAGCUGCCAAAUACUGCCUGAUAUUAAUAUCAACCAUGGUUAUUUAACUUCACCUACACCUUAAUCAGUGCAUUGCAACUGACUGAAAUGAUGACAUAUUUUUCAAACAGCAUCAUACACACAUAUACAUUUAGUAAUUUCAGAGUAAGACACAAAGAGGAACAGUAUAUUGUUUUACUUAAGUGGAUGCAAGCUGUCCCUGUAUAUAAAAGUAAAAAGUGUUUGUAAGUUGCCUUUUGUUGUAUUUAACUGACAGUUAAAUACAAGUGGCUGUAUGUAGCUUUCUGUUAAUAGAAAUUUAACCGAACAUGUUAUUCUUUUUC